AGAUUACUUUCAACUAGGAUGAACCGAAACAAAAACAACAAGAAGGGUCGCCAAGCUCAAUUGGUCCAGGUGGCUCAGCGGACCGUAAAUUCUACAAUAACUGGAAAGCCAUUGAGCACUUUCCACGAGGUUAUUCUGCAUCAACUUUCAAUGGUGGGCUAUCAUCGUGUGCGGUAUUUCUCAUUGUCUGGAUAUGACAUGAUUGUUGGUGGAAUAGCUUGGGCAGUCAGCAUUUUGGUGCCGGAGCCAAAUGGACAUCCUUGGAAAUUUCGAGAAAGCUUGCCUGAUGAUAAGAAGAAGACUGCUAGUGAAAAGAGAAGCGAAAUCGCUCAAAUUAUAUAUGCUCUUCAAAAAAUCAACUGCCCGUUUGAUGCAACUGAACAAGAAUUCCUGAAUGUGGACUCAUCGGUUCUGGUGGAUAUCAUCACUUGGGUGUUACAACGAAUCAGUCGCCAAACCAUGGAUAUGGAUCGUUUCAAGUGUUUCAUGGCCUGCUUCAAUAUGAAAUAUGAAGAUGAAGCCGCCGCAGCACUGGACUUCAUAUCUUCAUUGCGUCGUCCAAAUGCUAAUCAAUACACCGAAUCAGCACGAAUUAAACUGUUCGACAAUGCAAUUCUUCGUGAUAUGAAAGCUGAUAGCAGAAUUAUUAUUGCUGAGUAUCUUCAGUAUGGACAAACUGGCGUCAAGAAGUAUCCAUCAUUUGUUCCUUCUGACGAAGAAGGAAGGCACAAAACUGGAUUAAGCGAGAUUUCCGAGGCACAAUAUGAGAAGCAGCGCCAAGAUCUCAAAAAGUUGAGUAACAAAAUUUAUUCUGCAUCUUCGGAUACCACCAAACAGUUUGCGGACAAACUUUUCUCAGCAAUCGACAACUUACAUCUGGCUGAAAACAUUAUUGAACUGGAGCAACGAUUCAAAGAGGAGGCGGCUCUCUACUAUGCCAUGUAUGCCCGGUUUUCGGAAUUGGAAGCACAGUUAAGUGCCGCAACUAAGUACACUUCUUUUUUGACUUCUUUCGAGGUCGAGAGAAUCACCGACGUCGUCGCCACAACGAUUAGUCGGGCAUCAAUGUUUCACACAGAUUUUUCUCAAGAGCUUGAAUUAGCUGUGGAAGUUGAGAAGACGCUUGCUGCAAAUAAAGAUCAAAAUGGUGCAUUUAAGAAGUAUUGUCCAUUUCGUAGAGAAAAAUUGGAAAAUCACCGGAAGGAAAGGUUGAUUCUGCAGAAGAAAGCUCAAAUCGCCCAGAGCAUUGAGCAAGCUGUCAGAAAAGCCUUUGAGGAGUAUAUUGAAGUUCGCCAGAAAAGAGAGCAAGGUUCGAUGGCCGACAACAUUGACGAUGAUCCAUUCAGCAUGCUCAACGAAAUCGAUCACACAAUUGCGAGCGACAUAAAUGAAAUUUUGUCAACAGUCAACAAGAUGAUCGGUCAUGUGAAUUCAAUGCCUCAACCAAAGGAAAGGACCGAGUACGACUACCGUGUUGCAUACAUUGGCUACACAAGCGAUGCUUGCAUGUUCUUGUCGGAUUGGCUGGGAAAGGCAAAGUUCCUGAAAGAUCAACGCAGAAACUUGUGUGAGAGAAAUCUCCGUCUAAGCUUUGACACGAAGAAAAUGUGCCAUCUGGUGAAGUGCGCUUCUCGUGAAAAUGCCAAAUAUCAUGCCCUGAGCGACUUGCUGUUCCAGAAGAGAAAAUAUAUGAGCACCUGGGAACAAGAUCUUUUCAAAAAAGCGGGUGCUGGUAACAACUCCUCGGAACUCCCAAAAAGUUGGGAAUUGGACUAUGCAGCGUUCAAGAAGUAGACACACAAAUCAAAAAAAAACAUUCCAUAAUUCUUUCUUUUCGCUGCUUUAUUUGCCAUUUUGCAACUUGUGUUCAUACUAUGUAUACGAUUUCCCCAUCACAACAAUGAUUUCUCAUAUCUCAUGAUUUCCCUUCCACCAUUGUCACUGAAAUUUUUCGAUUGUCGCACCCCCGCCCACUCGCCACGUAAUACCCGGAUUUUAUUAAUAAAAUAUUGAUUUAUUG